CUGCAUCUGUCUUUUUGGUCUAUAUUCAUUUUGCCGUGUGUGAGAGAAAGAGUCAGGUGAGUGAGAAAAUGGAGAGUGGGCUAAGCGAGAUCGGAAGCACGAAGAUGUUCGAUGGCUACAACAAAAGAUACAGACACAACAGUGAGACACUUGGCUGCUCCAUGACCUUCUCCAUCUACUUCCCUCCUUCCUCCCACAGAUCCCCUGUUCUUUACUGGCUUUCUGGGCUCACCUGUACAGACGAGAACUUCAUCAUCAAGUCCGGAGCACAACGUGCUGCUUCUUCCCACGGCAUUGCUCUCGUUGUUCCAGAUACUUCUCCAAGAGGACUUAAUAUCGAAGGUGAAGCAGACAGUUACGACUUCGGUGUAGGAGCUGGAUUCUACCUCAAUGCUACUCAGGAGAAGUGGAAGAACUGGCGUAUGUAUGACUAUGUUGUCAAAGAGUUGCCUAAACUCCUGAGUGAGAACUUUUCUCAGCUUGACGCCACAAGAGCUUCUAUCUCUGGACAUUCCAUGGGUGGACAUGGUGCUCUCACUAUUUACCUCAAGAACCUCGACAAGUAUAAGUCUGUGUCUGCCUUUGCACCAAUUGCCAAUCCCAUAAAUUGCCCGUGGGGACAGAAAGCAUUCACCAACUAUCUAGGUGACAACAAGGCUGCUUGGGAGGAAUACGAUGCGACUUGUCUUAUCUCAAAGUUCAACAAUCUCUCUGCCACAAUUCUAAUUGAUCAGGGAGAAAACGACCAGUUCUACCCUGAUCAGUUACUGCCCAACAAGUUUGAAGAGGCGUGCAAGAAAGUGAAUGCGCCGCUCUUAGUGCGUCUUCAGCCAGGAUACGACCACUCCUACUACUUUAUUGCAACUUUCAUCGAAGACCACAUCAGUCACCAUGCUCAAGCCCUUGCGUUGUAGCUCACUCAUGUUGCUAGGCUUCGUCCUCCAGCUUUGCCUUUGUCCAAAUAUUAGUUAUAUCAAUAAAGCAAGUGGAUUUGUAAUGUUUUGUGUUCGUUCAAUAACUCCUCUGUGUGUGGUGUGUUUGUCUACGAUAGUAAAAGUAAUUAAAUCUCCAUUUUCUUGACA